AUGCGGGUGUUCAUCGCGACAGCUGCCGUCGUACUGAUGGCGGGGAGCUGCCUGGCAAGCCAGGACUUCCUCUCCAAGUCCCUGAACGAGUGCAUCGCUGCGGAGUCCUGGACGUCCUGCUUGAAACACGAGGUGCUGGGAUACUUGGACGAGAAGCUGGGAACCAACACGGAAGCCAGGUCCUUGGACACCGUCGACGAGGCGAUCGUCGCGAGGACGUUCAAGUACCUGAAGAGCUUCGACUACGGAAUCGAUCUGCCAUUUGUGGACGCCAGUCUUAAAUACAGACCCAGCAGAAGUUUGGCUGAUUUGGACGUCGAGUUCAAAGGAAACGAAGUCGCCACGAGCCAAGCUAGAGGACUAUUGAAGAAGAAAUUGUUGCUGCCCUUCCUGUUGUUGUUGAAACUGAAGCUGAAGGCUCUGAUGCCCAUACUUGUGGCUAUCGUCGGUUUGAAGGCACUGAAGGCUUUGGUGCUCUCGAAACUCGCGAUCCUCCUCGUUGUUGGAUUCAUCGCCGUGCAGUUCUUUAAGAAGGGUGGAAUGAUGAUGCCGAUGGGAAUGUCAAUGGAACCGGCUGCUCAGCCAUACGGAGCUGCACCUUUGCCCUCGAGUACGUCGGGCUACGAGCCGGUGAACACGUGGGACGGAAACGGACCGUACUCCCGCGUAUGGACGCCGACCAACGGUGUGGAAGCCCAAAAUCUCGCUUACUCUUAUUACUCGCCCGGAAGCUCUUCCAGCUCGUACAAUCCCUCCUCCUCCUCUUCCUCUUCGUCGUCUUCGUCGGGAAUCAAUUCCGGCAGCUCGUCAAACUACUAGAUUAACGGAAAGACACGCAGCAGUCGUCGCGAUUCAUCCCCCAGGUCGAGAUCGAGACAAUUUUCUGUCACCGUUCGCCGCAUCGCCCCGAUGCGUCUGACUCUGAUCAGAAAAUUCUACUUUAACUCACGCUCACAACCGACGGAUCGAUCGUAACGAUCGAGAGACCAAAGAGACGCACGCCAAAUAACUUUGACAAUGAAUUCACGUCGGAUGAUCGACUGUGGAUCAAACUCACUAUUGAUCGUAUGUCAUAAAUGGCCAUUGCAUUCGGUGGACGGAAGUUUCGUUGUCUCGUCGUGCGAAUUCAAGUUGCAUCGUGAACUCGGCGAGGGAACGAAACUGAACUCUCGUUCAACGACACGUGUGCGCGUUAAUAUGAAUAUGGCUUAAAACUGAAGAGGAGAAGAAGAGUGAUGAAUAGGAGAGAUUGGAUAUCGAGAUAUUUCUCAACGAAGGGCUUCAUUUGUUUCUUAUUUAUUGACCGCGUGACACGAUUAUUUAUUG